AUGUGGUUGAUUGAGGCACUGGGCCUUCUUCCGCUGGAAAUGCAAAACAAGACAUUACCGCUCAAAUUCGGAGACGAGAAAUUCAUGUCGGCCGAUCCAGGUCUCGAGCUGAACAACAAAACGCGCUUGACAGCAGAGAUAGAGAUUUUGGAUACGAUGGCGCGCACUAGACGGCAAAGACUGGCUGAGCUUUAA